GGCAGCACACUACACCACGAUUGAAUUGGAACAUCACCGACCAUCCCAUCAACACCACAAAAUUGCCCCCCCUCCGCAUCUUGGCUGCCAUUGACCAUCUCAAAUUGCAUCCUCUUUCGCUUGGAUACUGCUCAUCGUCGAUCCCGUCCGCGAGUCGUUGUGCUUGUCGCUCUCUCCCACGGUGCGGUCCACAAUCCACAGCCCACCACUUUAUCUUGCCUGCGGCGUCAUUUGGAGUGCUGAGCAAUCGGCGAAUACUGUACGUCCUCAACCACCUCGCCCUGAACCAGCGACCCCUCGAUUUUGUGGGCCUCCGUGACGCUGGGAGCAGGGGGUAUCACAACACAUGUAAAAGGGGCUGUUGCAGGACUCUGGCUGAUUUGCGAUUUGCAGAAAAAGAUAGGGGAGAAGGAAAUUCAUUCUUGAUUGUGUGGUGGUCCAAAUAUCGAGAUUCGAGCUGCUCCAUCCAGCACCAGCUUCCCCUCAUUUUGAAAAGCGUGUGAGAGUCUGUGGGCGGGCAACUCGGCCAUGUCCAUGUCUGUGAUGGGUACGCCGACUCCCAUUUCCUGUCCGCCACAUUGAAGCCACGUUGGCGAAUAUAUUCUUGUAAAUUCGGAACGUGUGGUGAAGAGAUAUAGAUGAACCUGAUUGUCCAUGGAAUGGUGGCUGACUCUGAUAUCCGGUACCAUUAUAGGCUACUCUCCCGAAUCACCAAGAGACAUGUCCCCCGAUACUAGCUCCCCCUUUCCAGACCGGCCAAUUCGGCCAAUGCCUAAGAGACGUCUCCGUGAAAGACUCUCUCCAGAUGUAGCUGAUUCCAUCAGAUACCCCCCGGCACCGAAAACUACCACUCCCCUCUUCUACCACCCUUACAACGCGCGAGAGGAUGUUGGAGUAAAAGGAGUUGCGGAAUCUCAACAUCCAAGUGAGAGAGAGAGAGCGGAGGAAAUGGAACGUGGCUAUAUCACUAGGAAGUGCGGUGACGAGCUUGAUAGCGAUGAGGAUGAUGCAGCGUAUAGGAGUCGAAUCCAUUCAAGACAUUCGGAGACCACGGCUGGCAGAUCAUACCGAUACGUACAAAAACCAGAAAACAAGAAUCCAAACCCCCAGGCUCCGGCCUCCAAUGCCUCUUCGGCGGAUAGUUAUGACUCUUUCGAAAAUACAAACAACAAGAAAAAGAGAAAGAUUCCAACACCUGGAGAUACAGCGUUAAAUGGAGGUCAUUUGUCAAGUGAUAUGACUGGCGUGGGAGCUUCUGAUGAUAUACCCGAAGAUCCAACUUGGCAAAGCCUCGGAACUGUGGCUGUCUCUUCUCAUGGUCUUUCUGGCCCAGGACGAGGCAGGUACGGCCGUAUCCGAAAUGGAAGGAGCCCUCUUAGGACUUUGUCUGAUCCAAAUUGGGGCAACGGUCGAACCUCAAAACAACGUCAGUUACAUAUGCCUCAACGAAAGUUGAACCUCAUUUCAGAUGCUAAUACGCAUAAAGCGGAUACCCCAGGCAUCAUCACUCAUGCUAUCGCCAAUGCAAAUGCAAACAAGAAUUCCAUUAACCCCGCCAGAGGGCAAGAAAAUUCCAGCUUGCUACAACAAGCUGCCAAGAAACCUGCUACAGCCUCGACUCAGUUCACUUUUACCUGCAACUCACAAGUACCAAGUUAUCCGGGUCCACCCACUCCUACUUCCAUCCAUCAAACUCCAAACUCGCGGAUGAGCACGCACGCUACACAAACAAGUCCCAAUAUGUCAGCAAUGGUCACAGCUCAGGCAGUUGAACGAUCCAAACAAAACAUGGCUGCAGCUCAACUUCAAAAACAACCCCAAUCUCAACCUGCGCCAGCCAAGAAGAAUCGCCGCCGAACUGGCAAAGAGUACUUGAUUGCUGCUCGUCAACGACGACAACAACAAGAGUUCAAAAAUUAUCACCACCCCCCUCCCGCCGAAGACGUUUGGAUUUGCGAAUUCUGUGAAUACGAACGCAUAUUUGGCACCCUACCAGAGGCUUUGAUCAAGCAAUACGAGAUUAAGGAUAGGCGUAUUAGGAAACAAGAGGCAGAAAGAAGAAGAUUGUUGGAAAAAGCAAAGAUGAAGGGACGCAAAGGAAAGAAAGGAAACAAGGGCUCUGCGAAGAAUGCGUCUGCGACUCAAGAUCGCCAAACUUCGAACCAGCAUGCUCCUCAGUCUGCACCCAUGAAUGCGAAUUCCAAUCAUAGUCAAAGCCAAGGCACCCAGAGCGAAGGAUACUAUGAGAAUGAUUAUGAACAUGACGAUAGCCAACCCGAGGAGUAUGUUGAAGUUGCGCAACCGCCACCACCUCCAUCUCCAACUGGUCCACUCAAGCGUCGAGGUGAAGCUGUUCAUUCAGAUCAUGGAAAACAUCGCUUUGUCAAUAGUGCAAUACCGGUGUCUUGAGGGUUUUUGGGCGUUUUGUCACGGCCUAUUAAAGCUGAAGUUAUCUGUCGGUUCUUCUCAAAGCAAGCAUUUUCUUCAACAAGAAAUGCCCUCUCGGCUGCAACCUUCCGACCCGAUGCCUCACCUUUCUGGCUAGCUUUUCUUUUCCUACGUCAUUUCAGAAUAUUACGAGCAUUGCGUAGAGCGUUUCUCAGGCAUCAGGAUGCAUUGUGACACCACCUUGCACCAAACAUCCCACUUCCCCUGCACAUUCCUCUUGAAGUUGCUUUCUUUCUUGCAUCACCCCUCUCACAAAAAAACAUACAUUGAUUCGGCCGAAAUAGAAAAUUUUAUCGGCCAGCGCUCUGUGUUUAUUUAAUCUACCUACCGCCUCUAUUUUUUGGCGAUAGGUUGAAGGAUUACUGGAAACCCAAAUUCUCUCAGUAUUUGGACUUGGAGCUGUACAUUCACGCACUCUUGGUAGCGGUAGCUGGUUCUAGUAGCUAGUUACUCCACCCAGCAAUAGAAUAGCAUUCUCACCAAGUCUUGCAUGAAUUACUAAUGAUUCGUUUUGGUGAUUGGUCGUCGUGAAUAACAGGCAGGUGUAUUUCUACAUUCCAUCUAGUGGUCAUGUUUCUCCAGACCUUGUUUAGGUAAUCUCUAUAUACUCGAGUAGCAGAAUAAGAUCCUUUCAUUCUACACUCACCUC